AUGCAUAUCGCUCGUGUUCUGGCACCCCUCGCCUUGUGCUUGGCGGUCUCGACUGUCUCUGCGGACGAUCGGUCACUUGCGCUUGACAUGAUCAACGAAGCUCGCCAAGCCGAAGGAGUGGCACCAUUGGCCUGGAACCCCGAUCUCGCGGCUUAUGCCCAGUUCUGGGCUAAUCAGAUGGGAGCAGGUGUCCAGCCUUUCGGACACGCCCCUGUUGAGCUUCGACCCCAGCAAGGCGAGAAUAUCUACGAACACCAGUCAGGCCAGUGUGAUGUCGCAUUUAAUACGCCUCUCCAGACUGCGGUGCAUGAGUGGCUCUCACAAGCCUCUCUUUACGAUGGGCAGCCCCUCAAGACAGGGCAAGAGCACUGGCUUCAUUGGUCCCAGUGCAUGUGGUCAGACACAACUCAGAUAGGCUGUGCCCGAGCAUACAGCAUUUCCGACCCAUUCAAAGUUUUCGAUGUUUGCCGAUUUCUCCCACAGGGAAACGUGUAA